GUGGCAGACUUGAGUCAGUCACUAGUCUCCCAGCAACAGUGUAAAUAACUGUGUUUCCUGUAGGCUAGAGAGAGCAUGAGAGAAAUGAAUGAAGCACUGAUUUGAGCCUGGUUAUUUAAUGAACUAGCUUAGGGGGUGCAACCUGGAAGGAAGACCCUAAGGCUAAGACAUAACAGACAAACAGCUGAUGGUUGCUUACUAGCCAAUGGGGCUGUUCGACAAGCUGGCAGGAUGGCUGGGGUUAAAGAAGGAGGUGAAUGUUCUGUGUCUUGGCCUGGACAACAGUGGGAAAACCACCAUCAUCAACCACCUCAAGCCCUCCAAUGUAAAUCUACCUCUUUCUGUCAUAAUGCACAGAUGCAAGACAUUGUCCCAACCAUUGGUUUCAGCAUAGAGAAGUUCAAAACGUCCAGUCUUUCUUUCACAGUGUUUGACAUGUCUGGUCAAGGCAGAUACAGAAACCUCUGGGAACAUUACUACAAGGAAGGUCAGGCUAUCAUAUUUGUCAUUGAUAGUGCAGACAAACUGAGGAUGGUAGUGGCCAAAGAGGAACUGGAUACAUUAUUAAAUCAUCCUGAUAUUAAACACAGAAGGAUCCCUAUCCUGUUCUUUGCUAACAAGAUGGAUGUUAGAGAUGCUCUGUCUUCAGUCAAGGUCUCACAGCUGCUCUGUUUGGACAACAUCAAAGACAAACCCUGGCACAUCUGUGCCACCAAUGCUUUGAAAGGAGAAGGUUUACCGGAGGGAGUCGACUGGUUGCAAGAUCAAAUCAAAACAAUGAGAACAUGAGGGCAUGAAGAGGGACACAUUCGGCAAGUUUGUUCCUGUUCAACUUUUUAUGCAGCACACCGUGACAUCAUCUGGCAAGGUGCUGUGUUGUCCAGUCAUGGUACAUGCAAGUGUGUAUUCCUGUUGGAUUACUCAUGCCAGGUACUCCACAACAACACAACUGGAGAAAUGAAUGCAAAUAUGCUGCAUGCAUGAUAUAAUAUUAGUAAUUUUACCGACAUCAAUUAUAAAGCACCAGAACAAUGCUAGCCAAUCAGAUUUCGGGGGUGGCUGGUGUCACCACUGGCAACCCCUUGGCUCUGCACAUGACUCUGAGGCCAAAUAUAAAAGAGUUGUCACAGUGAUAACUUUGUAGAGUUUGUGAGUACUACAAACCACUGUGCUGUGCUCUGGUGUCUUAUAAGCUCUAACAACAUAAAUCUGUACCGAGAGCUGGACUUCCCAGCUUGUAUUUCAUUGUCUCACCACUACAUGAAAUGCCUCCCCCUGCAUUGUUUUAAUGUAAGACAAGUGUCGGUGUGAAUCCAGCCUAAUACCAAAACUUUCAUAUACAUGUAGGGACCAUCUCUUUGUCACAGUAAAAAUAGUAGUUAAUCUAUCUUUUCUACAGCUAACACAGUACGUACUGCAGCUCUGCUCCUGUUCAAUUAAUGUUGCUCUUUUUUGAGUAGCUGUGAAAAUAUAUUUAGCAUAUUGAAGAUAAUAAUUGCAAUGAAAUAAUUGUUUUCUAAGACCUUGUAGAAUUAGCUGUAUAUAUUGUUAUUUAAAGCUGAAUGUGUAUUUAAAUAAUUGUUAACUUAGCUGUGAUUGUCAUAAAUGAAUGUCAUGUUAGUUAGCCGGUAAAGUUUGUUUAAAAGUCAGAAUGUCACUUUACAAAGUUACUAUCUAGUGUUAGAGUUAAUACCUUUCAUUUAGGUACAAUAGUGCUUUUGUAUUUGCCUUGUAUCGUUGCUCCAAAAAUGUAUUCAAACAAAAUGCUUCUUACAAUUUACUCGUGGUACUUCAGUGAUGAAAAGGUAGACAGCUAAACAUUUGCUCAAUCUGCACAAGGUUUAUAAUGCAAGCCCUUCAGCUUGUUUAGUCUCUGACUGAAAGCUUGCAUUAAAACUGUAUAGAUCAGUCUGUGUGGUUAUUUAUUUUAUGUCCGAUGUUUGUCAGAUUCCAUCGUCUCAACCAAGCUUUGUAGCAAAGAAGAGGUGUUUUUGAGUAGUUUCAAGGCAAAAUGAAAUAACUGACAAAUAUUUCUGAUAAAAGCUUUACAGUCCUAGUGGUUAGUUUUAUAUGCUAUGUAAUAAGUUGGUUAUAAAUAUUGUGUCAAAUAAAAAUACUUGUAACACACCAAAAUCUUUACUUCCCCCAGUUGCACUGAAUCUAGACCAAACAUCUGAUUACUAAUAUCCUGUUCUAUCUAAGAUGUCUGUCAUCUUGAUUAUUAUUUCUUAUUUUGAAAAGGAUUUUGUUCAUGAUUUAAAAUAGUAACUCAAUGUUUUACCAGAGUGUAUGGAAGUGGACAGGACAAAUACUUGAUACUUUUUUUCCCCUGUGUGAAUGAGUGAAGAGCCAAUUCACGGUUAGUCAGAUCAUUUCAACAGAUUCACCAACCAGAGAAAACCUAAUAGAAACAUUUCAUGUGGAACAAGCUUAAAAAUGUAAGUGAUCAAGUACUUGAUCUUAUUUUAGCUUAAAGACAAACACAAGCUGAAGAUUUGGCUUUUCUUGUUAUCAUUGUGUUGAAUUAGUUUACGUUCUGAAAGGUGUAUAUCACUGUACUGUAAUGUUUUGUAUGCAAGGAGACAUUUCCAGAAUAAACUGCUCUGUUACUUUAAGCCCAUUCAUAUUAAUAUCCCU